UACAUGAACGUCUUGAACACGAUGAUGACAUGUGGACUGUCAUCUGGAUGGACCAAUGAGAUCGAAGCAUUCCGUUGCUCUCGGUUCUCUUCUACCUUCUCUUCCUUCUUCCGAAUUUCCUGGCGUGACCGACGUUUCGUGUCUUUCGAGACUUAAAAAUGCGUUACGUGGCCGCUUACCUCCUGGCUGUGCUUGGUGGAAACACCAAACCCUCUGCAAAAGACAUCAAGACCAUCCUAGGCAGCGUAGGAAUUGAGGCCGAAGAUGAUCGCCUAAACAAGGUCAUUAAUGAACUGAAUGGAAAAGACAUCAAUGAAGUCAUGAACUCAGGCCUCUCCAAGUUAGCCUCUGUACCAGCUGGUGGUGCUGUUGCGGCUCCUGCUGCUGCAGCUGGGGCAGCUGCAGCUGGAGCUGGGGCUCCACCUGCUGCUGCGGAAGAGAAAAAAGAAGAGAAGAAAGAAGAGUCCGAAGAGUCAGACGAAGACAUGGGCUUUGGUCUCUUUGACUAAUCUGCCUUCUCUGGGUUGAAAAAGCAAUAAAAAUGUAAAAGGUUUACACA